CUUUUUCUUUUCCCCCUCUCUCUCUGUCUCUCAAUCAAAUAACUCCAGAGUCCUCCAUCAGAACUCAUCAUGACCUCUCCAGUAGCUGCCGCAAAACAGCAGCUCAGACGCCUCCUCAAACAGCGUCUCUCCCAAGUCUCUCAAGAAUCCAUCCUCGCUCAAAGCAACACAAUAUUCGAAAUGCUCAAGUCUUUUAAGCCCUACCAAGACGCCCGCCGCAUCAGCAUCUACCUCUCCAUGCCCGCCGCCGAAAUCCAGACCGACGCCAUCGUCCGCCACGCCCUCGCCUCGGGCAAGCAGGUCUUCGUCCCCUACCUACACAAGUCGCCCCUCGACGAGCCCGGCACGCCCGCCCGCGUCAUGGACAUGGUCCAGCUGCGCGACGUGCGCGACUACGACGGCUUGCAGCGGGAUUCAUGGGGCAUCCCGAGCAUUGACCCUGCUACGGUUCACUUGAGGCAGCGGAUCCUUGGAGGUGGUGGCGGCGGCGGCGGUCCUGAUGGUGCGCAGAAUUCGGAGCAGGCGACGACGCUGGACUUGAUUCUCAUGCCGGGCGUGGCGUUUGAUACCGACGAGAGGGGUUGCGUGAGGAGGCUGGGCCAUGGCAAGGGGUUCUAUGACUUCUUCUUGAACAGGUAUCUUGCUACGAAGCCGCAUGAUGAGGCGGGCGGGGAGCACGUGUUGCGGUUUUACGGGCUGGCGCUCAAGGAGCAGCUUCUUGAUCCGAUGGCGGAUGAGCCGGUGCCUAUGGGGCAGUUUGAUAGGAAGUUGCACGGUUUGAUCCUGGGCAAUGGGGAGAUUAAG